UUCGAAAAAAUCCGAUCUUUGUUGUUCAGACUGUCAAGAAAUGACCAGAUUCAGGUCGCAGUGAGAGAAAAAUCAGAAUUGUGUGACUUCAGGCUGCAGAGUGACCGCAGCCUUUUUCUCUGCAGGGCUACAACAGCAGCAGAGAGUACAUCGCCACGCAGGGUCCUCUGCCCUCCACAGUUGUUGAUUUCUGGCGGAUGAUUUGGGAACAGAAAGUGAAGAGGGUUGUCAUGGUUACCAACCACAAAGAAGCAGGACGGGCCAAAUGUGCACAGUACUGGCCUGAAGGCCUGAAGCAGAGUCAGUAUGGAGACGUGUUGGUCUCUGUAACGUCUGAACUGAAGGAACCCAACUGGACACUGAGGCAGUUUACCAUCAAACAGAAAAGAAGCUCAGAGCAACGAUCAGUCAAACAUUUCCACUUCACUGUCUGGCCUGACCGCAGAGUCCCUCAGGGCACAGAGGUCCUGAUCCAGUUCAGAAGGAUUGUGAGGCAGGACAUCGAGAGUGACGGAUCAAAGGCUCCAACCGUGGUCCACUGCAGCGACGGAGUGGGAAGAACGGGAACUUUCAUCGCUCUGGACUUCCUGCUGCAGCAGCUGGAGAAACAACAAGCUGUCGGCAUCAAGGACUUUUUACACAGGAUGAGGCGACAUCGAUCACACAUGGUGCAGACGGAGUCGCAGUACGUUUUCCUGCACCAGUGCAUCAUGGACAUCCUGCAGGAUGAACACAUUUAUGAGAAUGACGACACGUAUGCAAACACCAUCCAGCUUCAGGAAAUUAUGUAACACAAAACUAGUUUCAUUCCUGGAAUAACAUAAGGGUAAACCAUGUCUGUGUGAACAGAUUGGAGGUGGACGGAUUGAUAUAAAUAUUGAUAAUAUCAAUACCAAGUCGGUAUCUGUGUUGGAUAUUAAAAUUGACACUUUGGUUUCCGAUUUUCUGUUGAAAUUUAUUUUAUUUAUGUAUUUUUAUCUCUACCUUAAAAGAUGUUGUGGGAUUUGCUCUGAAAUGGUUUUUUGCACUUUAGAAAAAAACCCACAAAUUAGUUUUUUUCUGUUUAUUGUGUUGAUGUUGUUAAGGUGUUUGUAGACACCUAUCAACUUUUUCCAAAUUCUGUCUUAUAUUUUAACAAAAUAAUUCAAAGAAAAAACUACAAAAACAGGACAGAAGUUUAUUAUAACAAACUCAAAUAGUAAAAAGUAUCGGUAUCUGUAUCGGUAUUGGCGAUACUGGAACUGUAUUUACUUGGUAUCAGAUUGAUACCAAAAUAUGUAGCGUUGUACACCUCUAGUCAAGAUGUGACUGUUUUAUACUGAAUGUUUAAUAAAUGUUUCUGUACUG